UUUAUUUUAUUUCUACUAAAACAACAGCAAAAUUUACAAAACAAUAAUAAUAUUUUUUCAUCCGGUACCAGCAAAAAUAACUCAAGAAGGAGAACUCAAGUACAACGCGCUUACCGUUUCACAUAAGGAUACUGCGAAGUGAGAUUGGAUUGCCUGGACGGCUCUGACGUAUAGAAGGAACAACGCGCCUAUUGGUUAGGGACGAGCCCAAAAUAAGACAACGGCAAAAAUAACUCAAGAAGGAGAACUCAAGUACAACGCGCUUACCGUUUCACAUAAGGAUACUGCGAAGUGAGAUUGGAUUGCUUGGACGGCUCUGACGUAUAGAAGGAACAACGCGCCUAUUGGUUAGGGACGAGCCCAAAAUAAGACAACGGUCGAAAGCUCUUCAAUCAUGGAUUCGGGGGAUGAGGCCGGCUGCAUGUUUAGCUGCGAUUCAUGCGAAUCAUGUGCAGCUAUGCCCCCGGAUCUGACGGAGGGAUUGCUGGACUGCGAGACUGCGGCAUACGCGUCCGAUGCAUCGCCAGCGACCAGCGUCGUGCAGGAGGAAGUAUCCUCAUCCGUAUCGCAUGGGGAGAGCAAAGCAGUGUCUGGCGCGUUGAAUGAGCCAACAGAUUCGGACGACUCGGUUGAGAUGCCGCUGAAGAAUGCGAAGAAUUGGAACUUUGUGGAGCACUUCAAGAAGGACCCGAAUGGCUUCCUGCAUGAAAUUGUCGAACGCUAUGUCCACCUGAACAAUGUGGUCUUGGGGAAAAGUAAUUUGGCCAAGCGGGCCGCCGAACAGUCAAAAAUUGACAGGCAGCAGCUGUUGGAGGAGAAGAAGCUGACCAGCGAUCUGCGCCAAGAGCUGGAGGACUGCAAAAAGAGUCUCGAGGAGGCGAACGCCAACUGCCGCAGCCUGGCCGUUGAGAGUCAGCAUUAUCUGCUGGAAUUGGAUUAUACCAGGGAGCAGUUCUACGAGGAACGUUCCGAGGACUUGAUGAAGCACAACGACAUCUGCACCAUCUUCCGCAACGAAAUCAGACAGACUAAAAGUGUAUGCGCGGACCUGGCUGCCGAAAAGGCACAGCUUAUGGAUGAAAUCCUUGUAUACAAGAGUCAGGCAGAGGCAUCAGAAGGGCCAGAGGGAAGCGGUGGCGGAGGCGGUGGAGGAGGGGAUGUGCCCGGCAACAUUCAGAAAUACAAAAGGUUGUGUACGGCCCUCAAAACCGAGCUCGAUCGGAACCAAGCCGUUAUUCAGGAGUUGCAACAGCGCAACGAAAAAUUAGAGCUUGAUGCCGCUUCCAUGGCGGCAUCUUCACCGGCACCUUCACCGGCACCUUCACCGGCACCUUCACCGGCACCUUCACCGGCACCGCCGUCAGUGACCGAUGAAAUGGUGCAGAAUAUGAGCGUGGAAAAUGCCAUGCUUAAGGAAGACCUGAAGUUCUAUAAGAAGCAGUUCUUUGAUGACAACGCCGAGGUGUUGCAGAAAAACAACGAACUGCAGGCGGAGCUCGCGCAGAUGCAAACAACUUGCGAGACUCUGACCGCUGCCAAUGAGAAGCUUUCGAAUGAGAUGGGCAUCUACAGGGAGUCGUUUUUCAAGCGAAAAUCAAAGGGCAAGGACGAAUUGAAGGCAUUCUGUCUGGAUAUCCAAAACGAACUCGUGGAGAGUAAGCAAACGGUUGAGAAAUAUCGUUUGAUGAACGAGAAGCUGAUCGACAAAGUGGCUGACAUGAAAAUUAUGAUCAGCCGCAUGGAUAUCCAUGCUAAGGGACUCCAGGUGGCGCUCAAAAUUAACACUGAACUUGAGAAGCGUGGGCUUGUGCAAGCCAAGGCCAUAGAGCUACUGCAAAGCGUCAAUUCAAAUAUAAAGGCGAGCUACCAGGAGCUGCAGGAGAGCUUCAAACGUCAAGUGGCCAAACGAAAGGCCCUCACCUUUAUACCUGACGGUGGUGGCCCUGAUGGUGACAACGACCGUGACAAUGACGGAAAACUGCCGUCUCUGCUGAUGAAGAUGGUCGAUCAUGUGGAUAAGAUAUCAUCCAGCACAGCCAAAGCAGGCCACAGUCUCGGCAGCAGUCCAAACAGCUCCAGCAGCAACAUAUCAAUGUCUCAGGUCAUUGGACGCAACCACCUGAUAAUGGACCCCGAGGAGGUGCUGGAAGAUGUGUUCAAGGCAUUCUGCGGCCUGGCCACCGACUACUGGGUGACCCAUAUGCAUCCCAGGCAGUCCGGCAAGCACGUGCCAUCGGCUGGCAGACGUCACUCAUCCAAAUAAAACUGUUCAGUUAUCUACACAACACUACACUGCACAACACGACACUACACUGCACUGCACUGCACUACACUACACUGCACUACACUACACUACACUACACUACACGACACGACGCACGACACAAGGCAAAGCAAUAGGGGAAGAUCGAUCCGUUUGAGUGUUUUUGGCCCCCCCAUAAUUGUUCAUGCAUUAUUGUUAUUUUUAUACCCCUACACUACACUACACAAUCAACGCAUCACUGCGGUUUUCACAAUUGUUAUUAUAUUUUGUAUUUGCACUGUUUUUGAAUCUAAAAAUUAAACGCGCCCAUUGGCAGG